AAACCCAUACUCUCCCCUUCACAAACCUCUCCUUUCCUCCUUUCAUCUUUCUCUAAUCCUAAUCACCUCUCUCUCCGCACAUAUCAAAACAACACUUCCUUCCUUCCUCUGCUUAUUCAUUUCCGGAACCCCGGUCAUUCGAUCGUUGUAACCCCAUUGAGUGAGGACGAGUAGAAGUAUCGAUAAUCUCGUAUUGAUUUCGGUAUUGAUUUCUGGACAAGUCCACCGAAAAUGGAGAUUCCUGUGUUAAACAGGAUAAGCGAUUUUGAGUCGGGUAUAAACUCGUUGCAGAGCCAAUCCCUCCUCUCUCUUUCGGGCGUCGAAGGGAUCUCGAAAGCUUACAGCUUCUGGAAAUGGGGCGCUUUGAUCCUGGCAAUCCUCGCCUCCUUCAGCGCCAUAAUUAAGAGAAUCAAAGUCCUCAUCGUCAAGUUCAAAAACGACACCGCUUCGCUCCAGGAACCCCUCCUCAGAGUUCUCGACGACGACGACUCAUCGGGCGACACGUGCUCACAGUCCUCGUCUUCCUCGGACUAUUACGAGGAGGACGACGAGGACGAGAACGACGACCGCGAGCUGAUUCGGGGAUCGCCAGCUGAGGACGGGCGGCCGCGGACCGACGAGAUAUUCCAAGUGAAGGGCUGCGCGGGUUUUAAUUUCCUUGAGAGUCCAUGGCUGAGCCGGAGCUCCUCCGGCCUGCGGCGGCGGCGCAGCAUCGGGGACCACUUCUCGGAGUUCGCGAGCGGGAAGAGCGUCGUCAAGCUGUGGGACAACCUCGGGCUGGGGUUCGGCUUCGAGCUCGAUGGAGACGAUUCAUCAAUCUCAUGGAACGCUGACCAAUCCUCGCCGCCCUCAUCUUCCGCGUCGCCGCGGGCUUUGAUCGUGAGCAAGCCUUCCGCCGCUGGGCUGGGUUUCUGGGACUCGCGCGCCGGUGGCAUGAGGCCCGCCAUACUCGCGGAGUGGGGCCCGCACGUCGGGAACGCCGACACCGUGGGCCGCGGGGGAGUUCGGAAGCUGUACCUGAGCGGCGGCGGCAAGCUGGCGGCUGUUGGGGAUUUGAGGAAGGUCAACACGCUGUUGGACAACGUAACGGAGGCUGACGUGGAGACGUGGUGGGACGCGGACGCCGUUGUGGUUAACGACGAGCUCGUUGGCGGUGGGUCGGUUCGGAACGGCCCCGGCUCGGCCGUGACUCGGUGCUGCGACGCAGUCCGGUCCUACCUGUUUUUCUGAGGGGGAAGAAGAAAUUGAAAAGUCCCCCUACCCUAUUUUUCUUCUCGCUCUUUGUUUUUACUUUGAAUUAAUUAAUCAAUCAAAAUGAAUGGUAGAUAGUCAAAUCUCAUCUUAGGAAAUGCGGUCGAGAUGACACAUUGUACAUAUUUGAUUUCCUUGAUAUUCAACCCUCUUGGCAUCAUGCUUUAGUUUUA